AUGGGUGGAAGAGUAUAUGAUCCAAUACACGAUAUUUUCCAAGAUACUAUUGAAAAGACACCAAGUAGUUCUUCAAAUCAAAAUGAAAAGCUACCCAUCACUAUCCCAACCUCCACUUCGAAUGUUAAGACUACGUCCAAUAUAAGCCAACCAUCAUCAUCAACCAUAACAUCUUCUCAUUCACAGAUGUUGGCUUUAUCAAAUAAAAAUAAAACUUCUAACGUUGGGAAUAUACUAAACAAUACUCAUAAUGACAAUGACAGUGAAACUACCCAAAGCGAUGAAGAUGGUAUAAGUUCUGUAAUGUCUGCUGCACCAUCUCAUCUUUUAAAUUUUAAACCAUCAAUAAUAAAACCAUGGGUCAAGACCACUGAAAAAAAAUUAAAGAAUUCAACCAAAUAUACUAGACAUUUGAAAAAAUUAGAUGGUGAAUUCUUUACUCGUAAAGAUAUCCAAUUCCAUUUCCUUACUUUACUCUUACAAGAUGAACGUUUGCUCUUCACUAACAUUUUCAAACAAUUUUUCAAAAAUUCCAUAGUACCAAUUCCAAACACAACAAACAAGAAAGUAUUGAACGUAACAGACAAACUAUAUGACGCUAGAAAAUUCAUCUUCAAUGAUAAAUUAACAUUCUCACAAUUAUACCUCUUAACCAUCGCUACAUCCUCCAAAUGUUCCAAAAUUUUACGUGACAAAUUGUUAAUAGACCCACAAAUUGCAUUCUCCACAUGUAUCCUCUCAUUACUAGUAAACAUUGGUAAAUUAAACACCACAAUAAAUUUCUACGUUGAAAUGACAUCUCAAUUACGUACAUUCCAUUCUGUCCCUUCAUUACAAUGUCAUUCCACUGAUCCCAAAUCAUUACAAGAUACACCAAGAUUAAAAUCCAUCUUAAAGAACUUACCCCUAGGGAACCAACCUAUUUUCUUACAAGAUUUAUAUAGAUUUAAACAUCCAGGUGGUGGGUACCCGACUGAACAUUUCAACAUUAUAAACUUGUUGUUUUGUCUUUGUGAUAAUGUGGAAUUAAUCAAGAUGAAAUUACUAACUGAGAAAUAUAUUGAUUGUGAAAAUUAUGAUAACGCGACGUUUUUCAAUCUUUUGGAUUGUUCAUAUUUCAAUCCAAUGGAUAGAUGUAAUGUAAUAUUAUGGUUGAUUUAUUUACAUUUAGAGACAAGUUUGACGAAGGAGGAGAUUUGGGAAUCAACGAAAUAUUUUACCGGGAAUGGGAAACCAGGAAGGAUUUCUUUGCAAAGUAGUAAGUUUGAAUAUGAUACGGAUCCUAUUGAUGAGUAUCAAUUUGGGGUGGAUCAACAAUUGAAAAGAUCUCAGUUUCUCUCGAAGUUGAACGACCAGAAAAAACAAGAACAGGGGGAGAAAGAAGGGGGAGAAUCUCAACCUGAAGCUGAAAAUAAUAUACUCCUGAAGAAGAAAACAACGAAAUCAGUUCACAACCAAGACAAUGAGGAUGGCGAUGAGGAUGAGGAUGUGCAUGAGGAUGAGGAUGAUGCAACAAAUGAUGAAUCGAUGUUGAAACAACCUGAGCAAGAAAAAGCGCAACCAUUAUCAUCGUCCUCAUUUGAAAGAGUAAUACCGACUGAUUUCCAAAAUGCAACAAUGCCUAUGGUUACUAUACCGGAAACUGUUACAAGGAAAAGGAAACUCAAACAGAAAAAUAUUGACGAUAAAGAUGAUUCUGAAAAACUUUCCAGUGCAAUGCAGAAGAAGAAUGCUAAGGAUAGUACUAGUAUUCAUUUCCUUACCAAUAAUAAUGAUGAGGAUGAUGAUACUAUGAAUGAUACAUCGAUAAAAACAAAUACUGCUGAUGAUAGUCAUGAAAAAAUUCCACAAGAGACACAAGGAAAGAAACCUACAAGGAAAUAUAAAAAGAACAGAAAGAAAAGAAGGGUAGUUAGUACUGCUACUAAUGAUGUAAAGAAAACUAUUGUUGAUACAGGAGGUGUUGAAUUGACACCUGAAGAUGAGGAGGAAAUUAUGGCAAUAAUUAGGAAAAGACAAAAUGAGAAAAACAAUUUACAAUUGAAUAAAAUCAAUAAAUUAAUAGAAUUCGAUCGAAAUAAAUUAAUUAACCUUGGUAUUGCUGGUGCUGGUGAUGGCGAUGACAAAUUUAAGAAACAAGAUGAAUUUAUUCAUGAUUUAUUGGAAUCUCAUAAACUUGUUCGGUUUAAAAGGAAAGAAAUCGGUUUAAUUAAAAUAUUUAAUGAAUUUGAAGAUGUUCCCAUGGCUUCAGGUAUUGGUAUUAGAGGUAAGAGGAGAAGGAAAUUUAAGGAUAGUUUAUUAGGUUUUGAAACUGAUUAUUUAAGAGACUUACAAAUUGGUAAGAGAAAAUUAUUAGAGAAAUAUUGUUCUUUGAAGGAAAAUGACGAUAAAAACAUUCCCCGUACUGUUAAUGAUACAAAUGAUACAAUGUUUAAAUUAUAA